AUGGCAACACUAACAAAUCAAUAUUUUCUUCAACACUUUUCAAUUCUGAUCAUUAUCAAGAGGGCUUCUAAUCUCAUCGUUUUCUGCACUUUCUUUCUCACCUUAUUCUCUUUCAAAUAUCAGUCCUUUGGAGAUAACCCUUCAUGGGUGAAAGUCGGGUAUUACUAUUCCGACAAUGAAGUUUCUACUUCAGACAUCAAAGCCACGCUUUUCACUCACCUUUUAUGUGCUUUUGCCUUCAUAAACACCACCAUCUACAACAUCUUCAUCAACUCUUCCGAGGAGCAGAAGUUCUACACCUUCACCAGCACAGUCAAGCUCCAAAACCCAUCUGUUUCGACGCUUUUAUCCAUCCAGGGUGGCACGGAGGACUUUUUGGUGUUCACCUCAAUGCUAAAUAGAUCUUCUUACAUGAAGCUUUUCAUUGAUUCUUACAUCAGAACAGUCAGGUUCUAUGGCUUUCAUGGCAUAGACCUUACUGGGGCGGAGCCAAGUUCUGAGGUUGCCAAUUUUGGAACCCUUUUGAAGGAGUGGCAUGCUGCAAUAACUUCAGAGGCAAUAAACUCUACCAAGCCAGAGUUGUUGUUAGUGAUGGUAUCAUACUACCUUAAGGCUUUGGACUCCUUGAGUUACCCCUUCGAAUCAAUGCAGGAGAAUUUGGAUUGGGUGCACUUUAUGUCUUAUGAUUACUAUCUCCCUAAGGUGGCAAAUUCCACGAUUUUUCAUGCGGCUUUGUAUGGUUCAUCUGAUUGGGAUAACACUGAUUCUGGCAUCAGAGAGUGGAGGAGACGGGGGUUUUCGUCUAAGAAGUUGUUAAUUGGGUUGCCUUAUCAUGGAUAUGCGUGGAAACUUGUGACUCCUGCUGCAAACAGUGGCGUGGGAACACCUGCUUCAGGACCUACCAUUACAAUGGAUGGUUCCGUGGGUUACAAGUUCAUAAAGAGUUACAUCAAAAGCUUUGGAAAUGGAGUUGUUUCACGUUACAAUGCAAGUUUUGUGAUGAACCAGUUCACCGUUGCGUCCAUCACUUGGGUUAAUUUUGACGAUGUUGAAGUCAGUAGAGAGGUAAGCAUCACUGUUACAGUCUGA